AGUAGACAAGCAGGAGUCGGGCAGCUGCUCGGCUGUCAGAGAGCUGAAGCUGUUCAGUCAACAAACCCGGAAUUGCUUUAUAUUUCACUUCAUUUAUCACAUCUCCUGUCAUGGAGCAAGCAAAGCAAGAUCGAUUUGAUCACGCCAGGCUGCAGGUGAUCAAAGAUGGCUACGAGAAGGCAUUUGAAUGCAUCAAUACAGGAUUGAACGAGGAUGAAGCUGGGCACAAAGAAGAAGCUCUCAAACUGUAUCAACAGGGGCGGCAGCACCUCCUCAGGGCUAUCAGUGUGCCCUCGCAGGGCGUCGAGUGUGUGGGUCCAUCCUGGGAAUCAGCUAGACAAAUGCAACAUAAGAUGCAGGAGACCCUCAGCAACAUCACCACCCGUCUAGCCAUAUUAGAAACUACUCCGGCUCCAAACGAAGUCUCGAAUGGCACAGCAGCUGCUCAGAAACUCUACCCUGAAGUCCCAAAGGUGAUGCCACAGAGGCCAACACCACCCCAAACCAUCAACGGCAGGGUCGCAGGGGCUUCAGGUGGGCAGACGUCUCCUACAGUGCAGCCCAAUAUAUUAUGCGAGCAGCCCCCUGCAUACACCCCUCAAGCUGCUGACGGACACCUGACCAUUUCCUAUGGCACAGAUUCAGGCGAACUCUCUGUGGUUGGCGAUGAGUUUUACAGUCAGACGUCUAAUUCUACACCUGCUGGGAGUAGUCUGGGGGAGGAUGGAGAGGAACUGUUUUUUCUUCCUCAAGGGGUGCAGAUUUUUUUUGUCACCCCUGAGGGGCACGUGAGCGCUCCUUCGUACCCAGGGUACCUGCGAAUCGUGAAGUUCACCAGUGAGCACUCAGAAAGGAUUCCCAACAGACCACCUGCCUUUCUCCAGGUAAGAAUUUACAAAAACAGUCCCUGUUUGGAUCAAUGGAAAAAAUAAAUCCACAAGCUAAUGUAUUGACAUUUAAGAUUACUAUUAUCUGGCAAUUGUAUAAAGCUAUGUGUUCCUAUUUAUAUCAAUAUCAUAUAAUGUGACAUUAUUUAGCAUUUUUGUUGAUGUCACAUUUAAGCACUGUUUUCCAAUUGGGGUUAACCCUGUAAGACCCAAAUGUAGAAAAUAAAAUGAGCAGUUUUCUUUGACAUCUCAGAUAUUGUUUUAGGGGGUCUCUGAUGUAGGAAUUAAAUAUUUUUUUUUACAUUUUGGUAAGUUUUUAGGGAAAUGUUGUAAUAUUGCAACGUUGGGCCUAGUUGUGAGAUGAAUUUCUGUAUUUGUACUCGCUUUGUCUGAACAGGUACUGUAAAUAGAGCCUUUAAGCAUUCA